ACGCCAUUUCAUAAUGUUUGUUUCAGGUAUCUUUCAUUGAUGUCGAUGAUAUGUAUCCGACAGAUUGCGAUCUCAGAUGUCGCUAUUCCUUCAAAACUGCAUUCGUACACCCAAAUCCAGGAGAUAGAAUAGCAAUAUUCAAAGUUGGAUGGAAGCAUGUUACAGAAUACUAUCUUUUCAAGAUGGUUAAAGUGCCAGCUGAAGAACACGUGCUUGCCUGUCAACGAAUAUGUUUCUCCGCUCCAGUCCUGCCAAAGAAUGUGAAGGAUCUCUACCAACUUUGUUAUCUAACACAUGAUAAUCUGGUGCUCGGAGCUAGCUCACCCUUCAGCUUCUAUAACGCGUCCGCUCAGGAACUGGUGUGUGUUGAAGACAAAGCCUGCCAAGAGGUCAUGAUCUACAAAUCUCGUUUGUCUGUGCUCCAUGAUGGAAGAAGACAUUCAGGGAACAGCAACUAG